AUGGCCGCGCUUUGUCAUUCAGUCAAACUUCUUCCUCAACCCAAUGCACAAGGCACUGGAAUCAAUGAAAAAGAAAAGCCACAGUGGCAGACCAGCAAAAAUUGCCCCGCUGAAGCCCCCGAAGGAGAUUCAUGA